AUGGAUUCAUUAUUAAGAUGUCCUAAAUGUAGUUGUAUUUAUCAACAACCAAAAUCACUGGAUUGUGGUCAUAUCAUUUGUUUGAAAUGUCUAUCGGAGCUGUUUCAUCCCGAGUCAUCACCAUAUAUCGAUUGUCCAGUUUGUACCAAACAAACACUGCUUUUAAAUUCCACUAUCAACCUACCGUCGCUCAGUUCCAUUGAGGAGUUACUCCGAUACUACACUGACAACGAUACAUUUGGUGAUAUUCAAACACCGAUUUCACCACGAUACGAACGGUUGAUAACUACACCUCUUCCAUAUUCCUCUACAGCAGCAACAUCAGGAUCACCUCGUUCACAAGCAGUAACAUCCACAACCACCACUUCCACUUCCACCACCACCAACACCACCUCAUCCAUUUCCAAUAUAAAAUCUCAACUCGCUCAAAAACAACAGAUUCUAAAUCCAACACCUAUAACAUCGAUACCAAAAAUUUCUAUCAGCGGUACCACCACCGCCGCCACCACCAAUCACACUAGCACUACAACUACUACAAAUCCAAUAUCAAAACCACCUCCUCUUGCUGUGCAACAGGCUCGUCUUUCUUUGGAGAUCGACGACAAGAUAUUGAUAUGUCAACUUCAUAGCAAUGAACGAUUCAAAUUCUAUUGCACAAACAAGGAGUGUCAAAAGUUGAUUUGUACAGAGUGUAUCAUCGACCACAACGGUCACCAAUUUGCAAAGAUUCCAAGGGAAGCUGACAGGAAGAUUCCUGAGAUUGAAUCACUCUUGGGUGUUCUCUCUCAGUAUCCCUUGAAACUGUUAAAGCAAAAGCAGGUCAUAGAGAAGCAUAUUGUAGAUGGUACCAACAUGCAUCGUGAGACAAAAGAGCGUAUUACCAACGAUAUAGAUUCAAUGAUAAAGCACUUGCAGGAGCGUAAAGACUACUUGGAGCGACAGAUCGAUAAGGAUUGGAAUGAACAACGAAUCCACCUAAACAAUCUAGUCCAAAAGAUGACUACAAACAUCGAUUUGAUAAAAGAUACAAAUCAAUUCACACAGAAUCUCAUAACGGAGCGUUCAACAACAGAGAAGGAGUUGGUUCAGAUCUUCCUGAGCACUGGCGGCAAGGACGACGACAACCUGAGCAACUCUAGCAUAUCUACACUCAACAGUUCCAGUGGCGUAGAAUACACUCCACAGACUCACUAUGUCUAUCAAGAUCCCAAGUACAAUAGAAUGUCGACUACGCUGCUAAAGAAACACAUCGAACUUAGAAAGCUGGAGGAUGAAUCCAACCAGAUGUUCAACGAAUUAAUCACAAACAUAGAAUGGAAAUGGGAUCCAGAGUUCCAAUAUCCACAUUUAUAUCAACAACAACAGCAACAACAACAACAAAGAAAAGCACCAAACAGUCCACUCAGAUCAAGUAUUUCAGUGUCUGCAGACGGUUCACACAAUAUGGCUGGAGGAAGAAGAAAGACAAUCGCUCAUUCUCCACCGCAAUCGACAAGUUCAACACCAAAUUUGAAUCCAGCAUCUCCAACCUCUAUUUCUCCACCUAUCAUUCAGAGAACUAUGACUAGCUCGAUCAGUUACCACGGUUCCAAUGGCAGCGGAUUCAAUCCACCCGGUCUCGUGAAGACGCCAUCCAAUUCAUCGGUGUCGUCCAUCAGUUCCAGUGCAUCGUCGAUGCAACUAACCAACAGAAGCACAGGUGUCCCUCUUCUACCAAUCUCUUCUUCCCAACCAAACAUCGUUGGUUUGGCGCAUAGCUCUAGUAGCAUAACGCUAAACUACUCGCCACCCAAACAACCAUCGUCACUUAGCGGUAGCGGUGGUCUUGUAGCCAAGAAGAAUCCAGUGUUUGGUAAGCUACUAACACGUAAGGAUUCGACCAUCAAUCAUCGUCUGCACUAUCUCUACUCGAUAGGUGGUGAACACAGCGAAGGAACCUUGGAAAUCAACACCAUCUAUUGUUUCGGUGGAAAAGAGUCUCCUGACAUUGUCAGUAAGUACGACAUCCUCAGAAACCAAUGGGAGAUACUCGACGUCAAGUUGCCAACUGGACGAUACGGCCACUGUGCAGUGUAUGACGGUCGUCGUUUCGUCUACUUGCUGGGUGGCUGCGGUGCUGCCAAGUCAAUGGAUCGUUUCGAUUUGCUCGCCAAGAAGUUUGUACCGUUGAAGCCGAUGGCGUUUGGUCGUACCUAUUUCCACGCAUUCCACAAUGGAACCAAGCUGAUCUAUGCGGUCGACGGUUACGCCUCGAAAGAGAAGCGAUCGUCCAUUGAGAUUUCGUUGUUUGACGGUGGCCAGCUGAUAUACUACCUUGGCAUCAACAUUGACGACACCAUUCCACUGCUCUACCGCUACAACAUUAGAACAAAGAAACUAGAUCAACUCUCUCCAAUGGGUCAUAUGAGAUUAACAAAUCAAUUGGUAAUGGUAACAAAAUAA